AUGGAGUCCACCAACGAAAAUGAGGCGAAGCUGGCACGUGUCUUAAGUGGAGAUUAUUUCGGCAACAUAGAGGCUGUUUACUGCGAAACUAUUGGUGAGCUCAAUGAUUGCAUUGAUGAGUUGACGGCUGCUAUUCAACCUGCCGCAAAUUCAACUCAGUCAAUAACCUAUGAAUCACAGCCGGCUUCGAUAGCCGCACCAAAAUCAAUUUUACCGAAAAUAGAACUUCCGAAGUUCGAAGGUACAUAUCAAGGGUGGCUGCAGUUUAAAGAUAUGUUCACUACAAUUGUAAUAAACGAUGCAGCACUCUCGAAUGUACAACGAUUACAUUACCUCAAAAGCUGUACUCAAGGUGAAGCGCAAAACCUGCUGAAAAAUAUACCGGUAACCGACAACAAUUUCCAAAUUGCUUGGGACAUUUUAACUAACCGAUUUGAUAACAAGAGGCGCCUUGUUAAAACAUUCUUACAAGAAAUAGUUCGAAUUCCACCUGCCCAAAGUGAGUCUGCAGCUUCGUUGCGUAAAAUCUUAGACAGUAUAGCUGAGGCUCUUCGCGCCCUUUGCCAACUGGGGUGUCCUACUUCGCAUUGGAACGACUGGCUUAUAUUUUUGGUUACAGAGAAACUGGAUCCAAUCACUAUAAGAGAUUGGGAAAUAUCACUUUCAUCCCCAAAUUAUAUUCCAAAAUACGACGAGUUGGUUAAGUUUCUCGAAGCUCGUAUCCAAGGCCUAGACACCAUGGUAGACAAAGCGAAUUCAAGGUCAGGGGACAACGUUGGUCGACGAAAUCCAUCUUCAACGCACCACUCAACCGGCAACGCGUCGCGUUGCAGCAGUUGCUCUGGAAAACAUGCUCUUAUGUUUUGUCCAGACUUUCGAAAACUCUCUUCGUCAUUAAAACUUAAUUUCGUCCAAAAAUCUAAGCUGUGCAUGAAUUGCUUAAAACCAGGGCAUGUGGUCAAAACAUGUUCAUCCACAUAUUUAUGUCAGAGGUGUCAACAAAAGCACCACACUAUGCUACACGACGGUCUACAAGCGCAAUCAGGCGUAGUCGCAUCCCAUCACUCACGUUCGUUUGAAGCUUCUAUAUCAAACCCGGGCCAAGUAGUGCUUGCUACAGCCCAGAUUGAGGUAAGUUCAGCGACUGGUCAUCGCAUGCGACUCAGGGCGCUAUUAGAUAGUGGCUUUCAAGCCUCAUUUAUCAGUGAGUUUGCUGCACAGCAGUUACACCUACGACGCACCCGACUUAAAGUGCCUGUUACGGGAAUAGGUUGCUCAUCGGUCGGAACGUCCACUGGUAUGGUCGAGAUUACCGUGCACUCUAUACGGAAAUCAGAUUUCAACAUUCGAUGUUCAGCCUUAAUACUGCCACAAUUAAGUCAGCAGCUACCGAGCUCUCCCAUGGAUCCCACUCAUUUCUCCAAUUUUAAAGAUCUAAGUCUUGCAGAUACCCAAUUUUAUCAGCCCGGGUCCAUAGAUGUUAUUUUGGGGGCUGAUAUCUAUGGGCACCUUAUUUGUGGCGAGAUGCGGCAGACCACGACUGACGCUCUGUUCGCGUUACAUACACAACUAGGCUGGGUUAUUCUCGGACGCUAUCCGGAAUCAACGGACCAAUUAAGCGCAAAACUGUGUGCUUCAACAAUUACGGAGCUUGAUGAACUGGUUAAAGACUUAUGGGCCUUUAACUCGUGCGAAAAGGUGGAGUCGUCAUCAUGUCUGACUCUCGAUGAACAAUACUGUGAAGAGUUUUUCGAGCAAACCGUACGCCGGACCUGCUCCGGCCGAUAUAUCGUCCGCUACCCAUUUCGUGAACAAGCAAAUCUCUCCGUUCUUGCAGAUAGUAAGUUUGAUGCCGUGAAAAUUUUUCAUUAUCAGAAUAAGAACCUUGCAAAAGAUCCAUAUUUGAAAAAUCUGUACGAAGAAUUCUUGUCUGAAUAUUUACGCCUUGGACACAUGGAACCAGUUUACGAAGAGACAGAGCCAUCUAAUGUAUGCUACAUUCCACAUCAUGCGGUGUACAAAGAGUCCAGUUCAACUACCAAACUAAGAACAGUUUUCAACGCGUCGAGGAGAACCCGCUCUGGUGUUUCUUUAAAUGAUUGCCUACUUGUCGGUCCAAAGCUUCAAAAUGACUUGUCAUCGAUUAUACUAAGAUGA